GGGCCGCGCUGGCACUGCAAGGGUGGACGCCGCGGGGCCUGCACGACCUGCCAGACGUGUUUUAAUUAGAGGUGAGUUCCGUCGCGCGGGACGACCUUUGAGAGAGACUUACGGCAUCCCUCACGUAAGUAGAAUUUUCGCGCGUCCUCCGCGAAGCCUCCUCACAUCAUCACUGCCUACACUGCCGUGCCGCGAGUGCGAGGACCGCGUGAAAAAAAAAAGUCGCGCCUACGCGAAAAAUAACGAAGUCGAGGAGUGACAAGUGCGAUGGUGAAGAAUAACUCGCGGCGAGUGUAAAAUCGGUACUUGGAGGACGAAACAAAGUGUGUCGAGCUUGGCCAGCCUGUUUGCAGCACGCGACGCAGAUAUUUCGGCUUCAACAGUGGAAAUCUGUCUAUCUGCAAGAUGAACGAUUACGAAAGUAAUCAGCGCAGCAGUAUUCAUGAUAAACAGAGAGAAAUGGAGAAUCGAGGUAGAAACCAAGGCACAGGGCCUGGAACUCUUAAACGAUUGGACAGCAUUCAGGAUCCAGGAAAAAGAUACACGCUGAAAGAGCGUAUCGGUGUCGGUAUAUAUGGCGAUGUUUACGAAGGGAUUGAUCAGCAAGCUGGAAAUAAAAGAGUUGCCAUUAAGAUCCAAAAGCUCACGUCGGAAACGCAAUCCCUAAUUGUGGAAGAAUAUCGUAUUCUUCGUGAUUUCGCCGGUCAUCCAAAUCUCCCAGAAUUCUACGGAAUAUAUCGCAAGCGAUCCGGGAAACAGUCUGAGUUCGACCAGAUAUGGUUCGUCAUGGAGUUUUGCGAGGGUGGGACAGUCAUGGAUCUUGUUCACGGAAUGAUUGCAAAUAACAAAAGGAUGCGAGAGGAGCAUAUUGCCUUCAUUUUGAGGGAAGUCAUCAAGGCUUUAAUCCACUUGCACGAGCACAAUGUAAUCCACAGAGACAUUCGUGGCAACAACAUCGUUCUGACGAAGGAAGGAGAAGUGAAAUUAGUGGACUUCGGACUCUCCAGGACGGUGAAGAACGAGCUGGAGAAACGGCACACCUGCAUAGGAUCGCCAUCCUGGAUGGCGCCGGAAGUCGCCAGUAGCAAAGGAAGCGGGACCGAUGGUGGAUACGGCAGCCGGGUCGACGUGUGGGCGAUCGGCAUUACGGCAAUAGAGCUAGCCGACGGCAAAGCGCCGUUCGAAGACAUGCAUCCGACGCGUGCACUCUUUCAAAUCGUUCGCAAUCCACCACCAACCCUUUACCGACCCGCCAACUGGUCGCAGAAUCUCAACGACUUCAUUUCGGAAUGUCUCGAGAAGAACCCAGAGAACAGACCGUACGUGAUGGAGAUCAUUGAACAUCCCUUUUUGUCGGAGCUACCCGAGAACGAUUAUCCGCUGACGCAAGAAAUCAAAACACUGGCGACGAAUGUCUCCGAAAAGGGCAGAGAGCAAAGAAAAGCGGAAUCGAUAGUUCGCAAAGGUUUCUUAAAGACUCAUCAAGACGAACCGCCAGAACAUAUGCUCACGGAAGACUUGGCAGCACUGGAUGUCCUGAGCGAAAAUGUGAUCUUGGAUGAACUUCACGAAAGACUGCAGCGGGGUGAAUAUCAUACAUUUAUCGGCGACGUUCUAUUGAUACUCAAUCCAAACGAAAAACACGAUAUUUAUGGUGCUUACUAUCACGCGAAAUAUCAAUGCAAAUCGCGAUCGGAUAAUGCCCCUCAUAUUUACUCCGUGGCAGACAGCGCGUUUCAGGAUGUUAUGCAUAACGAAGAAUCGCAGCACAUCUUGCUAGCCGGUGAGAGCAACUCUGGGAAAACGACAAAUAUGCUGCAUCUGGUGAACCAUCUUAUGUUCCUCGGACGAGGUCUGCACGAUACUGGAACGAGAGUGCUGCGAGCUAUAAAAAUUAUUCAUGCUUUCACAAAUGCCGCGACACCGCUGAAUGUUAAUUCCACCAGAUGCAUAUUACAAAUACAGACGACAUUCGGCUCAACCGGUAAAGCAUCCGGCGCAAUAUUUUGGCAAUAUCAAUUAGAAAAGUGGCGCGUCUCUACUCGCGAUAGAAAUCAGUCAAAUUUCCAUGCCUUUUACUACUUUUACGACGGUCUCGAGGCGUCAGGAAAAUUAAAGGAAUAUUACCUAUCAGGUGGAAGAAGACUUCGAUAUCUCAGAAUAACUGACAAGGGCACUGAAAAGAAGCGAGCGUUCAAAGUGAGGAAUGAACCGCAAAACAACGCAGUGAAAUUCGAAGAACUCAUGGAAAGUCUAAAAUUUAUAGAUAUGGAAGAACAUUGUGAGAUUAUUCGAAAGACCCUUGCAGCCAUUCUAAUUCUCGGAGAAAUUCAAUUUGUCGAAGGCAAUAACGGGGAGGCUGAAUUGGAUAACAACGAAGCCGCUGAUAAAGUGGCGGAACUCCUUGGCCUGGAUUCAAAGAAAUUUAUCUGGGCUCUCAUAAAUUAUUGCUUGAUCGUGAAAGGAUCGGCGAUACGUAGGAAGCACACUUGUGAAGAAGCGAAAGAAGCACGAGAUGUCCUGGCGAAUACUCUUUAUCAACGUUUAGUAGACUGGAUAGUCAACAACAUCAAUUAUAAGUUGUCAAUGACUCGUAGUCUUUACGGUGACAAAUAUGCCAUUAGUAUCCUCGAUUAUUUCGGAUUCGAAUGUUUCACGAUGAAUCGACUGGAACAGCUGCUGGUGAAUACGAUGAACGAACAAAUGCAAUAUUAUUAUAAUCAAAGGAUAUUCGUCUGGGAAAUGCAAGAACAAGAAGAGGAAGAUAUACCCACACAACGGUUGCGCUUUUACGAUAAUAAGGAAGUGAUCGAUCAAUUAAUGAGCAAGGAAAAUGGUCUCUUCCAUAUUAUCGAUGACGCUUCGCGGCAAUUGCAGGAUGCUCAAUACAUCCUCGAGAAGAUCAAAGAAUGUAAGCCUAGUGUUUACGUGAAACCGGUGAGCUCGCAUGAGUUCACGGUCGCGCAUUACACCGGCAAGUUGAUAUACGACGCCAGCGAGAUUGCCGCGAAAAAUCGAGACUUCGUGCCGCCGGAGAUGAUCGGCACGAUGAGGUUCUCCUCGCAUGAUGCAGUUAAGCAGAUGUUCACGAAUAAGCUAACUAAGUCGGGAAACCUGACGAUCGUCGAUGAACAUAGUCUCGCGGAAGAGAAAACGUCGAAAAAGAAAUGGAAUGUUCUCAUGCAGGAAUCUUCCAAGUUUCGGAAAUACAAUACUGCGUCUAAAGGAUACUACUCUCAGACGCGCAAAAUGCGGACGUGUUCAUCGACGUUUAAAACAACGAGUCGCGAAAUUUUGAAAAAUCUUGCGGUAGGCACUGCAAGCGGCGGCAUGUACUUCGUUAGAUGCAUACGCUCCGAUCUCGAGGAUGUUCCUCGCAGUUUUUAUCGAGAAGUUGUCAAACAACAAAUCAGAGCGUUAGCAGUUCUCGAUACAGCGAAAGCCAGACAACGCGGUUAUCCGUACAGAAUACCCUUCCAAGAAUUCCUUCGAAGAUACAAAUUUUUAGCCUUUGAGUUCAACGAGACAGUCGAAAUGACGAAGGAUAACUGCAGACUACUUCUAAUCAGAUUGAAAAUGGAAGGUUGGAUCAUCGGUAAGACCAAGGUCUUCUUAAAGUAUUACAAUGAAGAGUAUUUGUCACGCUUAUAUGAGACACAAGUCAAAAAAAUUGUAAAAGUCCAAUGUAUGAUGCGUGCCUUUCUAGCACGCAAAAACAUUGCCACUAAGAUCGUCGACAUUAAGAAAGAGAUUGUGAAGAAAGCAUCAAUCAAGAGAAAUAACUCGCUAUCGGCUGAUGAAGCGGCAGUAAUGAUACAGAAAGCUUAUAGAGGACAUGUGGUGAGAAAAGAAAUGGGGCCUCUUCUGAAAGAAGAAAUGGACCAAGAAACAAAGGAUUUCAUCAAAUUCUAUUGCAGCAAAUGGAGAUCGAAGAGCAUGUUCCAAGUCCUCCUACGAUACCGUGCAGCCCGUUAUCAAGACCUCGUGCAGUUAUCGCAGCAGAUUCAUUUAUACAAUCAAUCGACAGUGGCAACUUUGAAAAAAGUGAAUGAAUGUGUAUCUCUUGAAAAAAUCGACCCGAGUGUCAAGAUAGAUACCUAUAUAAGUAAGAUAAAACCACCUCAAGUUCAUAAACUACCCUUCGAUAUGAAACAAGAAUUUCUCUACUUCGAUACGAGCUAUAUGAACGAUCCUUCAAACGUGAACAUUAAACGUGCAGGAUCUAUAUUGUCUGCGAUGAGUGAUGAUGAGCACGAAUCUUGGGAUGCACCGUUACGUAGACAAACAGUGCCUUGGGCCAACAAAAAUGUUCAUACCAGAGAUGUUGAGAUUCAAACAACAAAUUCGCCACAUCGCGUACCUCUACAUCGUACAUCAAUCGGCGGGGAUCAAAGUUUAAUCAACACUCCGUUCACCAGGGAUCCUAACAUUCCGAUUAAAUGUCCAGAGGAGUCAUCUCUUCGUAAAAGUAGCAUUUCUAAUUUUCAGCCUGCGAGUAAACGUGCUUCUACGCAACCGUCAGAGUCUCCCUCUAUUUCUUAUUCGUAUUCUAACGUUGCCAAAAAGAAAACAUCGCCAUCACCAUUUAAUCAAGCACAAUCCUCAGCAAUGCGUAAUUUCAAUAAUUAUGAAUCAGAUAUUCAAAACAGAAAUGUAGACGGAAUCACGGAGUGGAAGUUUGAGAGUAAAAUCAAUCGCAACAUCAACAAUAUUCGCGUAAAUCCCAUCAAAGAGUUGGAAAUGAUAGGUCGUCAAAACAACGAUGACGAAAACGACGAUGCGCCGCCGUUCAAUUUUCAGGCAAUGUUGCGGAAAACACCUCAUCAGCGCGCUUCGAUGAAACGUAACCCCGUAUAUGAGAGCGUCACACCGUCAUCAAUGCCGCAGUCUUAUCGCCGUGAUAGCAAAGACUUAUACGACCGAAAAGUCACCUAUAAAACUAAUGAUAGUCAAACUAAUGAUAGCAAAGAUUCGCCAGAAUGGAGUCCAAACGAGAUGAUUCUUAUGUCAGAGAAAUACGCGAAGGAGGACGCAUGGAAUGAGGAAUGUGCUAACGAUGGCGAUAGCAUUACUACAGAGAUCGCACCAGGCAUUGUUAUUAAAGGCCACGUAGCUGAACUAUAAAAUAUCAAACUAAGACCAGUUGCAUCAGUUCGCUGUACUUAUACUCAGUCAAACUGUCUCUAUAUACUUGUUAUAAUUUAAAAAGUGGAAAAAAAACAAAUCGCUAAUUAGAAAUCAAUGAAAACUAACAAUGCAACUCUGACCCCUUGCAAAAUUUAUAUCUUGAUUCUUAAUUUUGAAUUCUCAAUUGCAAAACGAAAAAAUAUAACUCUAUAACGAGUAGUGCAAUAAAAUUUGACAUUAUUAAAUCAAUAAUUCAGAAUAAUUUAAUAAAUAGUGUUAUAUGCGCUUGUAAUAUAUGGAGAAAAUUUGAUAUAAAAAAAUUACUGUGAUACGACAGUACCCGCAGACCAUAAGAAGAAUUAUAAGUUUAAAUAUUAUAGCUAUUAUGUGAAAAACAUAGUAAAAAUUUUUAUAACUCCUUCAUGAUUCGUGGCUACUGCCGUACACAGUAAUUUUGGUAUAAAAUUUUCUCCAUGUAGUAUUGUUAAACGCAUAACAUUCGUAAAUAAAAUAAUAUAUAAGUACUAAUAUGGAAUAACACAUUCUCUUAUUAAGAAAAAUCUUAUAAAGAAAAAUAUCUUAAUAAAAUUAUUUAGUUUUUUUUUUGUUAAGCAAUAUUAAACAUAAUACAGCUACAAACAUACAUCAUAAAAUGUACUGUUUGAUGAAAAGCUGCAAUAAUAGAUAUGUACAAGUAAAUUCAGAAAUUUGCUAUAAAAGCAAUAUGAAUAAUAUAGAUAUAUUUUUGCUCGUAAAAAUUCUUAAACUAAUAUAAUUUUCAAUAAGCAACAACUUUCAAUAUGCUGCAAGAACCGUAUUUCAUUGCACGUAUCAAUUAUUACUUUGUAAAAUUUGAAUUUAGAAGAUGAUAAAAGUCAUUUUGCGUUAUAAACAUACUGGCCGUACAUAACAACACUUUUCUUAAAUGUAUAAACGCAUAUAAAUAAAAAAAAAAUAUCAUUCAUACACACACACACACUGUGAAAAACAGCGUUUGAAAAUGUUUAGUAACAUGUGCAUAUAUCACAGUAGUUGACAUACGAAAACAUAUUUUGGCAUACCUUCGCACAUUCAAUCUCAUAAACAAUAUUUAGAUUUCAUUUUUAACAAAGAUGCUGAGGACAGUCUGACAUAAAAAAAAAAUAAAUA